AUGGUUCUGGGUCUAAUACUUGCAGCUGGUGCUCUUGGUCUUGGUCUUGGUGGUGGUUAUAUAGCUGGAAAAAGGCGUGAACGUCGCAAAAUUGUUAAUGGUUAUGUGACAUUCAACGAUCAGGGUCACAGAAAGCCAUAUUCGUCGUCGCCACGCUACGAUGGUAAUGGAUAUUAUGGAAAUCAUCAGCGUCUUAUGGAAAGCAGCUCAUUCAACACAGUACGCUGA